GUAUUCUCACUAGACAUUAGUUUAAUACUACAUUAUAAACAUGGAUGCCUUUUUUGGAAGCUGGAAACUUGUGAAAAGUGAAAACCUGAAUCAGUUGGUAACUGUAUGUGGUGUUGAAGAGGAAGUAAUAAAUGUAAGGGACGUGCUUAAACCAGUCAUCACCUUUUCCCAAGAUGGUGACUGUGUGGUCUAUAAAGUACAGUCCUCCAUUCGUAAGACACAAAACAAGUUCAGAUUGGGUGAAGAGUUUCAUGAAGAAGUUUUCCCUGGCAGAUUCUGCAAAUGUACUAUGAACCUCGAAGGAGAAAAACUCAUCCUUGUACACCUCUAUGAGGGUUGGAAGAUCAGAACUGUCCUAGAGAUUCAGGAUGGGAAAAUGAUUACUACUGCGACAUGUGAAGACGUCACAGCAGUACGUACAUAUGAGAAGGUGUAAAUGUUGGACAAAGUUCUUCAUCACUUCUUGAUUGCUGACCUGCAGUAUGAAAACAUGCUUUAAAAUGAAGAAGAAGAAGAAGAAGAAGAAGGAGAAAUG